AUGCGACCAAUCAUACGAUUCUCAUCGACGCCACUUUCAAGAGGGAUUUCAACCUCUGCACCUGUUUUAGCAGUCGCAAAACCAAAGAAAGCUGCUGCUGGGGCAAAAGGUGGUAAACAGGGAUUCAAUCAAAAGAAAAAGGAUGCCACGACUGGAGGUAGCUCGAGUAGUGGUGGUGGUCAGGCAACAAUCUCCUUGAAGUUCUCAAUGGCUGGACAACCACCUGACUUAUCUGAUUUCCCAAGAUUGCAACCUGGCAACUAUCGAGUCGAGAACGUAGGAAAAGCAACUACGUUUCCUAAAUCAACAUAUGAAAAAUUGAAAUCUUUCGGUCUAUCGAAGAAAAUGGACAAAGAGCUAUCUGCGAAUGGUGGACCAGCCAGUAUAGUUCGUCAGGCUACUGUGGACUUGGCAAAGAAGCUGGAUAGCGAUAAGAAUAAAUCAAGUAAAGAUGCCAGAUAUGUAUUGGCUGGAGAAAGAGGUAGUGGUAAAACCAUGUUACUACUGCAAUCAGUAAAUUACGCUUUAGAAAGUGGUUGGAUAGUCAUAUUCAAUCCCAAAGCAUCUGAAUGGACGAAUUCCUCUUCUCACUAUAUAUAUGAUCCAUCUACUAAGAUAUUCAAUCAAUGGCAAGCUGCUCAACAACAACUUUCAACUCUCUUAGCAAAUAACCAAAAGAAAUUAGAUUCAAUCAAACUUAAUUCUGAUAUCGAUUUGGCUCAAGGUAGACAAGUGAAUCAAGGAUCAAGUCUGAGCGAAUUAGUUCAGCUGGGUACGAAAGAUGAUCGAGUCGCUGUCAAAGUCCUGGAUGCAGUUAUGGGUGUUUUGGAACAACAAACUCAAUUUCCAGUAGUCUGGGCAAUCGAUGAAGCUCAAACAUUAUUCAAGACAUCACAAUAUCGAACACCAGAAUAUACACCUAUUGAACCAUAUCAUCUUUCCUCACCUAGACUAGCCUUAGAUUUCAUCUCAGGCAGAAGGUCUUUUAGCAAAGGUGUUAUAUUGACAUCAUUAUCGUUAUCUGAUCCUACAAAUUUACCUUCCCCGUCAUUGAUAUCAGCAUUAUCAUUGCCUUCCACUACACCAAUUACACCUUAUACACCUCUCGAUCCAUACCAUCUUUCUCAUGCUGCGGGUCUACAAAAAAUCGACGUUCCGUUCGGUAUGAUAACUAAAGAAGCUUCGGGCAUGUUCGAACUAUAUGCUAGAAAAGGUUUCGCUCCUUCAAGAUCGGAUGAAUUGUUUUUGGAAAGUUUCAGUUCUUCAAAUGGAAAUCCUGAACAACUCAAAAGGGCUCUAGGUAGAGUUAGAGGUGCUUUAACUGCUUAA